AUGCAUUUCUUCCAGCAACUAUGCUUUUGCGCUCUUGCGCUGACAACCGGAGCAUCAACUCAGGACGUCUUUGAGGCGGCUGAUUUUAGUGUGACGGCGGCUCUUAUUGACAACGGCAUCAACGUGUCUACCAUCCCCGACUUAGCUAGCCUGGUGGUAAGAUCUUCCUUGAAAGGCUGCUCCAUUGCUUGCAACUCUCUCAAAGUGGUUUUUGGAGCUAGUAAGGUAUCCAGCGCUGCGCCAACAACGUACUGGUCGUUACAGCAGCUCGAAGUUGAACCCCGUUGCACGUUCACACCUCGUACUGUCCUCGAAGUCUCGAGCCUAGUACUGAUCGCACGUCUUACACAAUGUCCUUUUGCAGUCAAGAGUGGAGGCCAUGCAGCCUUUCCCGGCGCCUCUAACAUUCAAGGUGGCAUUACCGUCGAUAUGGUCAAUCUUAACCAAAAGACACUCUCCGCGGACAGGAAGACUGUCGCCGUUGGCCCUGGGAAUCGAUGGAAGGAGAUCUAUGACUACCUGACGCCCUACGGUCUUGCCAUUGUUGGUGGACGAGCGGCAUAUGUCGGAGUCGGCGGACUCACACUCGGCGGAGGUAUCAGUCACCAUACCAACCAGUACGGCCUGGCCUGUGACAAUAUAGCCUCAUAUGAGCUCGUCACCGCUUCGGGUAUCAUCCUCACCGUGAGCCAAAAGACGUUCCCAGACCUGUAUUGGGCCCUUCGCGGCGGAGGCAACAACUUCGGCGUCAUCACAACGUUCAACUACGAAACCCUGCCUCAAGGUCUCAUGUUCGCGAGCAAACGCCAGUACAAUGCAACCUAUGCACCUGCAUUGUUCGACGCGUUUGGACACGCAGUUGAGGCAGCUGAGACCGAUACCAAGGCCGCCCACUUCGUUGCCGUCGCCUACUCCCGUGGCGUCAAGAUUGCAUCGACUGAGUACGAGUAUUUCGAACCGGUCGACCCAGCAAGCCCACCCGCUAUACUGAAGGAAUACCUCGCGGUGCCUCCACUCACCGACAACACUCGUAAUUGCAGUCUGGCUGACACAACCCCUGGUCUCAGCCAAAGCAUGCCAGACGGCUUCCGCACGACUAUGUGGUCGCAGUCCUUCAAGUUGAACACGGAGUUGAUGAAGCGCAUGACAGACCAUCUUUUCAAGAUCGCGCCCAGCAUCCCCGUCGGCUCACCCAGUGUCUCGUUCCAAGCCUUCAGCCUACCCGCUAUCAAGGCCAUGCAGAAAAAGGGCGGCAAUGCGCUUGGCCUUUAUCCAGAAGACGGCCCCCUGUUCCACGCCCUCUUCUACAUGUCCUGGACGGACGAGAGAAAUGACAAGGUGGUCUUGAAAGCGGCGCAAGAUUUCCUGAGCGCAUCGGUUGCCAUGGCGAAGGAGCUGGGUGCGUACCACGACUACAUGUACAUGCCGUACAGCAGUCCUUACCAGCCCGUCAUCUCGGGCUACGGCGCGGCAAAUGUGGCUAGGCUGAACGAGGUUUCGCAAAAGUAUGAUCCCAUGGGUGUGUUCCAGAACUUGCAGCCGGGUUACUUCAAGCUUGAUGGUGGGGCACCGUACGGUCAGGCUGUGUAG